UUACUACAUCCAACGCUCGCCAUCGCAUUCUCCUUGUGUCGAUAGCAUCGAUCAAUACCCAGCUACUGUUCCUGAUCUCUUAUACUUACGCAGUAUUCUGUGGUCCAGCGAUGACGGGUCCACAAGCAAUACACUACAACAGUCACACCUUGGGAAAUUCGCUCAUGCUGGAUCUGCACUACAAGCCGAAGUCGCCGUACGCAUGUGUUGGUAUACGAAAGAAUUAUAUUAGUAGCCUUGGACAGCCUAGCAGCGUCGUCAGAUGCCACCCUUUCCAGAGGAGAACAAAUGUGGUAAUUCCUCAACCUUCGGCGCGAGAGUAUCGCUUCCACUGCGCGACCCGAUCAACGCUGCACCCGAGCAAACUUAAGACUAGGUCGGAGGACUCGAUCGCUAUGACAUGGAUUCUGACGCAUCCGAAUCUUCUCGGUCAGAGGUCAUAUUCAGAGGUCAGAGUAAGGAGACGUCUGCAUCCUCAAUUAUGCCCUAUCCACGAAGAGUCUGAGCGUGGAAACAUUACCAAGAUUCCAUCGCAGUUUUGCAGGCACUUACAGCGAGGAGAUGAUGCCAAUUGUCGCUGCAGCACAAAGCGCGGGUGAAACUUGACAACCGCAGAUCAUUAUCCAUCAGUCCUUCAUUCACUCCGGCCCAUGC